AACGCCUUCAUAAUAAUGCAUAUGAUCACGAUUUGCUUCUAAUGGAACAACAUGGAGGUGUCAAAAGAAACCACGGACAGGAGUGAAAAACUGAAAGAAUAUGAAGACAAUGGAAAGGGUUCAGAGAACAGUUCUGAUAUUCAGAUAAGCAACGACAGUCCAUCAAUUGAAAGUAAAACCAAAGUUAAGAAGCUGUCGCCUACAGAAGAAAAACAGAGAGCUAAAGUUGAGAAAUCCCAGUUGUACAUACAGGUUGCUCAGAAACAAUGGCCGAUAGUGUAUGCAGCUGAAUAUAAUAUUAGUUUCCUUGGGCUGGAGAAAUUACACCCUUUCGAUGCUGGGAAAUGGGGAAGAAUCUUUGAUUUCUUGAAAGAAUCAAAGAUGGUAAGAGAAGAGACAAUUGUAAAACCACUAGAGGCAACCGAAGAUGACUUACUGGUUGUACAUUCCCGAAAUUACAUUAAUUCAUUGAAGUUGACAGACAUUGUGGAAGGAAUCAACGAGUGGAGCAUGAAUGUGGCUGGAAUUACUGAAGUGCCUCCUGUAGCCUUGUUGCCUAAUUUCGUCGUCCAAAAACGGGUGCUCCGUCCAUUUCGCCAUCAGACUGGUGGAUCCAUAUUGGCUGGCAAGCUGGCCAUGGAUCGAGGCUGGGCCAUCAACAUUGGCGGAGGGUUCCACCAUUGUUCUGCAGAACGUGGCGGCGGCUUCUGUGCAUAUGCUGACAUCACCUUGUCCAUCAAAUUCUUGUUUGAGAAGGUGGAGGGCGUGUCAAAGGUCAUGAUAGUUGACCUUGAUGCCCAUCAGGGAAAUGGUCACGAGCGAGACUUCAUGGACGACGAUCGGGUGUACAUAAUGGAUGUGUACAACCGAGGAAUAUACCCACAUGAUGGAUAUGCCAAGAGGGCGAUCAAGCGCAAGGUGGAGUUGAAUCACUUCACAGAUGAUGUGGACUACCUGGAUGCUGUUAAAAACAAUUUAAGGGCAUCUCUUGAGGAAUUCACGCCAGAUAUCAUUGUAUACAAUGCUGGGACAGACAUAUUGGAAGGGGAACCCCUCGGAAACCUCUCUGUCACUGCUCAGGGCAUCAUCCUCAGAGAUGAGAUGGUGUUUGCCAAAGCCAGGGAACUGAAUAUCCCCAUCUUCAUGCUGACCAGCGGGGGAUAUACGAGAGGCACCGCCCGAAUCAUUGCAGACUCCAUCCUUAAUCUGCGACAACAGAAACUCAUCUCGUGUGAAGAGGCAGAUUCUUUCAUGCACACUGAAACAGGUACAAAUCUGUCAGAUGUGGGGAUGUCACACAGUCAAAGCGAGGGCAGCCUGUUGUCUCGGUGUAAGAAUGCUUGCGUUUCGUUCAUAACUCGGUCAUCAACGCAGGAGUUUGAUCAAGUCGGGAGAGAAAAUGGACAGAGUGACAAGGGAUGAAUACAGGCGCUGGCGGAAUACGUCUCGGAAUGAAUGUGUGUAGACAUGUGUACAUAGCUUCAUGGGAUGAAAGGACCAUUUUAACUCGGACAUUUUUGUAAAUAAAGCAGACAUUUUGUGACAUUAUUUUGCCCUUUAGCAGAACGUCACAGUAUUCAAGAUUUGAUGUGAUAACAUAUUUGUGAUGUUUUGGGUGAAAUUGUUCUUAUUCCAUGUGGCCCAGCUAACA